CAAUCAUGCAAACCACCUUAGAGGUCACCGUCACCGCGGCACAUCCCCACAUGCCGUUACGAAACCCAGGGCAUGACUCCCGAACUAUCGCUCAUGAUCCCAGUGCACCAGUGCAUUCGAGACGAAGGUCACCUAGGCUAUCGAUGACAUUGGCCAUACCAAAGGCGUUCUGGAUAUGUAUAAAGUCUGAUCGGGCGCGAUUAAUCCAACAAUGGGUGAUCAUUCCAGUCGUUAUCUUGGUGAUGCUUGUCUAUGUUUGGGCUGUGAACCUAUUAAUGGUUAAACUACCAUUCACAUUCCCAGCUAGCGUUGUGUGCAUGCUCCUGACCUUCAUUAUCCUAUCGUCGUGUUCCGCAAUCUUCGGGCAUCGGCGCGUAGCUCUACCCCUUCGAUACUUGGAGCCAGCAGCGGAUUUCUUGCUGAAGUGGAUAUCUGUGUUUUUCUGUCCGUCUUUCAUUCUAUUGCCUCUUAACGAGAGGAAUACUCGUAUUGGCGGUCUGGAAAUCGCGAAGAUUAUACUACAGUUCUUCGUCAGCUUCGUCGUUUUCGUACUGCUCGCUUGGGCAUUUGUCAAAUUUCUACUGGCCAUAUCCCCAGUGCGCAAGAUACGAGGAUCCGACGAAACUAUGGCGGAGAUACCAGGAGAAUCCAUAGAGAUGACAAUGGCAGGAACGACGGCCAUCGACAAUGGGGGUCUUGCUGGUGCUGAAGCGCACGAGCAUGUCCCGGAGCAGAAUGUUACCCUUCCUGAGCCGGUGCUGGCAAAGGGAGAUGGCGGCCGGUCAUCGCGAGACCCGGUUCGACGCCCCGAAUCACUCGACCUACCCACCUCGACCGCAACGCCAGAACUGUCCCGGAAUCAGUCGCAGACCACCCUGGUGCGAGUUCCAGGGAUAGUUGCUAAUACAGAAACGAAGGAAGAGUCGCGACCAGAACAACUUGCUCCUCGAAUUAGGAAGCUCAUCGCCCCGACGGUAUACGGCCUGAUCUUCCUGGUGUCCAUCCCAGUAUUCUACACAACGUCCCAGUCACUGCCCCUCUUUCUCAGCUGGAACAUUCUCAUGUUCAUCUUCUCUGCCGAAGCCAUACCUACGCGAGUUCGUAGGGUUAUGCAUCCGAUCUUGACCUGCAGCGUCUUCUCCGUUCUCGGAUUGUGGGCCAUGGGCGCGAUCCGGGGAUGGUCUAUAUUCGAGUCGCUGGACCAUUACUCCACCGGCACCAAAUAUCUGCAACUCUUCGAUCCCAAGGGGCAGACGCAUUUACCACCGCCUGGCGCAGGAGACGUCCUCACGUCCGUCCUCGACGCUUCAAUCGUCAGCUUGGCAAUACCGAUGUAUCGUUACCGGGCUGAGAUGAGGCGAUAUUGGUUCGAAAUGCUCUUCACCGUGCUGCCACUGUCAUUGCUAUCGGUUUUCAUCUACCCUCUGGUAUCCCGUGCAAUUCUGAUCUCACCAUCCCGAGCCCUCGCAUUCGCUGCGCGUAGCGUCACCACUCCUCUCGCUAUCCCGAUGGAAGCAUCACUCCAGGGCGACUCGGGUUUCACGGUCCUGCUCUGCAUCUUCACUGGGAUCCUCGGCGCCAUCGCCGGGCCCCAGAUGCUUCGCGUUCUCCGUGUGAAGGACUCAGACUUCAUCACCAUCGGCGUGGUACUAGGCUGCACGGCGUCCGCGAUAUCGACCGCGGCGUUGCUCGGGACGAACCCGCGCGCGGCGGCGAUCUCGUCCCUCGCCUUUGUUCUCUACGGGAUUAGCUGCAUCAUCCUGACGAGCAUCCCUCCCGUCGUUAGCGUGGUACAGAUGCUCGCCGGGCUGCGCUGACGACGGGGGGGGGGGGGGGGCUGUCCCGUGCUCUCCGGAAGAGAUGGGGCGGGUUCGCCUAAUCACCGACUGGCGAUCGGCGCAGAUCGGCGCCCUGGGAUCUAUUACAGCCAUCGAGAUGGGCAUAGUUAGCGUGUACGCACAGCUCCAAUCCUCUCUCUCUCUCUCAUACACGUCUCCGGCGAGAUCGCAGGAAUCGCGGCCCUACACUGUCCUGUCCACCCGAUGAUGGAUGAAUGGCGGAGGCUAUAUCGCACAGCCCGAGAAGAGAUAAGGGGGGUGUGAAGGGGGGAAGCGAUAGAAAUUUGCUGGGAUCGCAUGUUCAUGAUCCCCAUUGGCGAUGCAGGUUCAUUUAGGGUGGAGAGUGCAGGGAGAGGGCGGGGGCGGGGACGUCGUUGAUCGGAAUGGAAUUACUACAUUCGAGUAUUGACUAACGUAUGGGUGCGUGUGCGUGUGCUUUGUAGCUACAUUCGGGUUUCGCGAACGAAAGGUCUCGAGGAGAAGAACA